AUGGUUGGCAAGGGAAAAGUCCAUAACACUCUGGGAGAAGUACUUCAUCAUAAACCGCUCCCUUCUGGAUAUUUGAAAGUGUCGAUUGAUAUUGCUUUAGAGGAGGGUGCGUUAUUACCAAUCCCAGAUGAAGUUCCGGAUGCAAAAUUGGUGGGAGAGGCAAUAGGAGCGUUUGUUGCAUGGCCGUCAAGGCUUGUUCGCAUAGAUGAUGAGACUCCUACAAAACCCAAACCAAAAGAUAAAGGGAUUACGCGGCCAGAGGAGUCAGUGACAGCAAAAAAAAAACAGAUUAUUCCUGCUAAAGAGAUUGAAGUUGUAAGUAGGGCAAUUCUGGCUAAUCCGUGGUGGGCAGAUCAACAGGUGGGAUUGUCUGGGGUGGUGGAUCAUCACCACCACGCAUCAGACAAUUCACCUGGCUCAAACAAACGCCACCACGCGGAACUUUUCAUGAAUGAAACGAAAAGAAGAGAAGAAGAGGAGGAUGAAGAAAGAGAGGAGGAGGAACCGAAAGAAGGCGCGGUGGAAAUUGGAAACAGAAGACCAAGAGGGAGACCACCGGGUUCUAAAAACAAACCAAAACCGCCCAUCUUUAUAACAAGAGACAGUCCAAAUUCACUGAAAAGCCAUGUGAUGGAAGUAUCCCCUGGGGUGGAUGUAGCCGAGAGCGUAGCUCAGUUCGCGAGAAGGAGACAGCGCGGAGUUUGUAUCUUAAGCGGUAGCGGAUCAGUAGCAAAUGUUACCCUCAGACAACCAGCAGCACCAGGAGCUGUUGUAGCACUUCAUGGAAGGUUCGAGAUUCUAUCGUUAACCGGAGCUUUUCUACCCGGCCCGUCUCCUCCCGGUGCUACCGGACUCACAGUUUACUUAGCUGGUGGACAAGGGCAGGUUGUUGGUGGAAGUGUUGUUGGACCUUUGAUCGCUGCUGGAUCUGUUAUAGUUAUCGCCGCUACUUUUGCUAAUGCUACUUAUGAAAGAUUACCACUUGAGGAGGAAGAAGAGGAUGAUGGUGGGAUCCAUGGAGGACAUCAUGCUGGUGCUAAUAAUUCAUCUCCUCCCGGAAUUGGAAGUAGUGGCGGUGGCGGUGGCGGUGGCGGUGGUGGAGGCCAUAUGCAGUCUGCCCUUCCAGAUCCAUCUUCUAUGCCUUUGUACAACCUGCCACCAAAUCUUCUUCCUAAUGGUGGCCAUGUGGGACAUGAAGCUUUUCCAUGGCCUCAUGGAAUUAGGCCACCAUACUGA